AAUUUUUAAGCUUUUUAAUUACUUUUUAAAAGUUGAAGUUUUCUGGUUCAUUUUUGCUUCAGUUUAUUUUUCUUUUCUCUCUAUGUGGGUGUUACGGGUGGAUGAAUUUUAUGGAUUAUAGGGUACAGAGAUGAAAUUAAAGUGACUACUUUACACUCACUGAGAAGAUUCAUUUUAUGCUUUGAAAAAAUACAGCAGAUUAGAAAAACAACUUCAUUUUGUGGGAAGAGAACUGGAUUAGGUUUCAAAAUAUCUUAGCUCUAACUUGGGUAUCUGACACCUUGAUGUGUAAUUCAGGAAACUUACAACAUAUUAAAGUAGAAUGGAACCUUAGAAAUAUCUUAAACCAAACCCUUCCUUUUACUGAUGAGGGGUUGAUGCCAGAAGACAUUGUGUGCAGAGCAAAGAAUAAAAGAGAGGUUUCUUGAUUCUCAAGCCUGUUCCCUUUCCCUUAUAUCAAUAUUUUAAUUUGUAAUUAUAUCUAUGCAUAUAUGUAAUUAUAUAGGUGAUCAUAUACAUAUAUGUUCACAUACCGAAACUAAUAUCUUUAUCUCUGGCUCUUUAAUAAUACACUGCAGUCUGUUUAAAUAAUUGCAAGCUCUUUGAGAGCGGACCAUAUGCUUAAAGCUCUUUCCUUCUCAAAACAUCAGUCUGGGAGCUGAACACCUGGUAUAUGCCCCAUAAAAUACGUUAAUUAGAAUUCACUUCAUUGGAGAAUUGCACACUAACCGCCUUGGAUCUGGGUCGAGCUUUGGCCCCACCUUCUAACUCCGGACAUGCGCAGAUAAGUGAGUCCCCUCCAGCUCCGGCAGAGGUUUAGAGGCGCAGCGGGGCUGGUCUUCUGAAACGCUUGGCAGGCCAGGAACUUAAAAGAGUUCAUGCCUUGCACUUUCCCUUUUUCAAAGUAUACUGCAUGAUAAAUACAUGAACUUGAAUGGAUUUAGAGGUUAAAGGAGUUGCUGCUUCUCCUGUAAGUCAAACUCAACCAUGUUCUGGAAGAAAGAACCCACUACAACAAGGAUGGACCUCCAAAUCAUGGGCAAUGGAGAAUCCUUGCCUACCUGUAUUAUUUCUUUCAGGGUUCCACGACUUGAUUUGGGAAGCCUUGUUGACUCUGAUGAAGAGGAGCAGGACAUACUACCUGAGGAUUUGCCAGCGCCAACAGGAAAAUAUAAACUAAAAAAUCAGCAAUAUAAAACUGAAAUGAAAGAGGAAUAUAAGCAGUAUAGUAAGAGAAAUGCAGAAAAGACUAAGUCAAACAUCGCACAUCAACAGAAUGUAAGAAACAAAAUAGAUGGCAAGUGUAUACAAGAUGCAGAAGCCAUUGUGGAUGAUCUUACAACUCUGGACAGGAAAGCCCUCCUACAGCACGGUUAUGCAGACAACCCUUAUACUGCACAACGGACUACAAGAAAAUCUGACGCCGAAGUUGUGGCUGCAGAGAAGAAGAAACAGACUGUUGCAGAGCAAGUGAUGCUAGACCACUUAUCCAGGGCUGUAAUCAGUGAUCCAGAGCAAAAUUUAACCACUGAGAAACAAGAAAUUGCUCAUAUCCUUCCAGAUUCAAAGAUGGCACCUAUUCGAUUUAGGAAAAGAACACUACAUGAAACAAAAAUAAGAACCCAGUCUACCUUAACUGAAAAUAUGCUUUCUCAUAAAGUACAAUUUGAUGGUAGAAUCAUAUCAAGAAAUGGACAUGAUGCCUGCAGAGAGCUGGUUGGGUUCUUUUUCACUCAUGACCAGUCCCUUACAAUUUAUGAGUAUCGGCAAUUUGGGAAAAAUAGAACAAAUGUGCUUCCUUUUAUUCAGAAGAGCAUUUAUUGUCAUCAGCAUGGACGAAGAAAAGGAAAACAAUACCAACUUGGUGAUUUUUAUAUUGGUGCUAACUUGACAUUUUUGAGUUCUGAACAUCCCAGGCUUCCAGAAAGCAUAAAAGAAAACACAGUGCUUACACUUCGAAUCACGAAUAUUGAUCGGGGAGCUUCAGAUUCUCUCAAAACUGAUUCUGUGGAACAUGAUGAUAUAAACAAUCAAGAAGCCAAUGAUAGGCUGGUUUUCAAGGCCAUUCAAGAUGUGCUAAAAGAACAGCUACGGAAAAGAGGUGUUCGUAUUUUUACCGGUUUGGGAAAAUACCUUCAACAAUUGGACAAGAAAAGAAAUGGGCUUUUAGAGAAGGCAGAUUUUAAGCAAGCUCUGGAAGUAUUUCACUUAGAAGUGUCUGAAAACGAUUUUGAGUCUUUGUGGCUAAUUCUAAAUGGUAAUGGUGAUGGCAAGGUUGAUUAUGGAGAAUUCAGGCAUGCUGUUGUUGGUGAAAUGAAUGAAUACAGGAAAUCAUUUGUUCGAAAGGCCUUUAUGAAAUUGGAUUUUAACAAAACAGGUACUGUGUCUAUUAUAGACAUAAGAAAAUGUUAUUGUGCAAAGAAGCAUCCUCAAGUAAUUUCAGGACAUUCCACAGAGGAAGAAAUCAAAUCAUCUUUUCUAGAAACAUUAAAAGAUGCCUGCAUCAAGUCCGAUGAAGUGUCAUAUGGUGAAUUUGAAGAUUACUAUGAAGGUCUAAGUAUAGGGAUAAUAGAUGAUGAAGAUUUUGUUAACAUCUUACGUACCCCAUGGGGGAUUUAGUUUUUUAAAAUGAGUAUAUCAUCAGCACUAAGCAUUGUAAAGGAGAGAUGAAUUGAAUGUAAAGUCUAGAAUAUACUAUUCUAGAGUUCUUGUUGUUCGUUGUUAUUCUUGUUGAGCUUGGAAAGAGAAAUAUUCAGAAGGAUAGACGUAAGGGGACAUAUAUUUAUACACAUGUAUGAGUGCUUGUCUAUUUAUAAAGAUCUGUCUUUUUGAUAUAUUGCUUAUUUGAAUACAUUUAGAGGUCAGUCUUUUUAUCAGCAUUCAAAAAAAAGUAAUAUCUGUAUCAAAUGAUGAGAGCAGCUAUACAGUAACCAAGUUUCCUGUCCUUUGAUUUUUUUGCUACCCAUUCCCUGCAAAAUAAUUGCCACCAUUCUCAACUUGAUGAAUUAGACGUGGGCUCAAAGCCUAUGAGACUGAAAUAGUUCAACUUUUUCAAACAUCUGAAAGUAUCAAAGCAAUUAAAGAAUAUGCAAAAGAAAACUUCCAUGCAGCAUGAUUAUAGAUGUUUUCUGUAACAUAAAUAUUUAGAAUGAUGGAAGUUUAUCCUUAAAAUGCUUAUUUAAACACUGACUUGGCGUGCGAAUUCUUGUCUUCUAAAUUAUAUGCUAUUGUUUUUUCAAUAGAUCACAAUGUCUACUUGUUCUUUUAUUCUGUUUUUAACCGCAACUCUUAUUAUCUGCACAGAAUUAUUAUUUAACUAGAAACAAUAUAGAAUGGGAAGGGAAAUGUUUUCUUAAAAUAUUAAAGUCUCAAAAAGUAUGUUAUCACUUAUAUGGAUUAAUUGAUAAUUUAGUAAAUCUUAAAUGUAAAAAUUAAUUAGUGUUCUAAAAUUAAUGUAUGCUAUUCUAAAUAACUUUUUUUCUUAUACUAAACAACUGAAACAUUUUCUUCUAAAUAGAUAUUACUGAACAGUUAGAUGUGUCGUAAUCAUUCUUUCUAAAUUUUCCUGUAUUCCUCACUUCUCCUUGGAAAUAACAAAGAGAAGAAAGAAACUUUAUAGAAUUGCUUUUCAAGUUCAUAAUUUUAAAUUUUAUAUAUUAAGAUAACAAAUUAGAAAAAAUGGUAUUAAGCAAAAUAAGAAGUUGUUCAAAAAUGAAAAUACAUACUCCGUAGAAUAUGAAGUUUGGCUUAUAACUUCAUCCACCCAUACCCUUGGCAACAUUGUCAGAAAUGUGAUGUGCAUGAACCCCAUAAAUUCAAAGUGGUACUUUUUCAAGAUUCAAGGAGGUACUAAAACUUUCUACUGAAAUAUCAGAAACAAAGCCUGUACAAACAGUUUAGUGCUAUUUUCACUAGCUGAAUUCUUUAGAAAAUUUUUUUCAAUUAGGUUAUUGUAAUUAAAACAAUAUGCUGGAAGAUGUUUUGACAGAAAGAGGUUUAUAACACUAUUUCUGAGUCCAUUAAUUUUUUGGAAAAAUUUAUCCAACUAUAAUCAUCUUAAACCCUAGAAAUUGUUUUUAUGUUGAAAUGACUUAAUUCUGUGGUUGUUCAAUAUGCAUGUGAUAUUUUUCAUUGAUAAUUUUAUAUUUCCUUUCUUCUUUUCUGCUUUUUAGGGCCACACCCAUGGCAUAUGGAAGUUCCCAGGCUAGGGGUCAAAUCAUAGUUACAGCUGCCAGCCUACACCACAGCCACAGCAAUGUGGGAUCUAAACCACAUCUACAACCCACACCACAGCUCAGGGCAAUGUUGGAUCUUUAACCCACUGAGCAAGGCCAGGGAUAGAACCUGCAUCCUCAUGGAUACUAGUCGGAUUCAUUUCAGCUGAGCCACGAUGGGAACUCCCUUUAUUUAGUUCUUAAGUCUAUACUAAGUACUGUUAUGACAUUUUUUCCUGUGAAUAUAAUCAGAAAAUGUAUAGGCUAUCACAUUGUAGAAAAAAGAGGGGGAGAUUCUUCUGGGAUUUAACAUUUUAAUAUGAUAGCAUAUUCUUAACGCUCCACUCUCAAUAUAAAUAUUUAUAUGUGAUUAUUUGUAGGAAUUUUCUCUAUUUAGGCGAUAUAACUUUUUUGUAGUUAAUUUAUUAUUUUACUCUGUUUCCAUGUAAAGCUAGAAGCUAAAAUAUUCAAUGUUAUUUGACAUAUUUUGUUAAAUUAUAAAUGGUGGCACAAUAAAUCAUUCUGCUUUUGUCUCAUGGUACACCUCA